UUUUAACAUUUAUUGAUUUUUGCCUUAGUCCUAAUGGACUUAAAUCCUAUUCGGGUCACCAUUUUAGUGAAUCCUGAUCCAUUCAUCCAUCAGUUUCCCCUCGGCGUCGAGCUGUUGUUGCAGCCACUCUCCACCCAAACAAUGCUUCUGAGCUUCCAUUACAUUAAUUGCCAAAUUAUACCUUCCCAGAACCAGAGGUGUUACCACCACCUUCGCCUCUCUCCCCUGCCCCUCUCCUCCAAAACGUGCCGUAACCCCCCCCUUCCGCUUCUUUCCUCCUCCUCGGCCGCCGUUUCCACCGGAAGUUUAGUAUCGGACACUCCAGAGGAGGUGGAAGGAGAUUAUUAUGGCUUCUUAACAGAUAAAGAAACCGAAAGUUUCAACUUUGAUGGCUCGUUCGAGUCGACUGAGUUGAAACGGUUUGGGUCCCAGGCGGUGGAGGUGAAGGAGCUGGAGGAGCUUCCAGAACAGUGGCGGAGGUCGAAAUUAGCGUGGCUAUGCAAGGAGCUUCCGGCGCAUAGGUCGGGCACAUUUAUUCGGGUGCUCAAUGCGCAGCGGAAGUGGAUCAGGCAAGAUGAUUGCACUUAUAUUGCGGUUCAUUGCAUGCGGAUUCGCGAGAAUGAUGCUGCAUUUAGGGUGUACAAGUGGAUGAUGCUGCAACAUUGGUUUCGAUUUGAUUUUGCCCUUGCUACCAAAUUAGCAGAUUACAUUGGUAAGGAGCGAAAAUACUUGAAGUGCCGUGAGAUAUUUGAUGAUAUAAUUAACCAAGGUCUAGUUCCUAAAGAAUCCACAUUUCAUAUUCUGAUUGUUGCCUACCUUAGUUCUUCAGCUUCAAGUUGUCUACAGGAAGCAUGCAUUAUUUACAAUCAAAUGAUCCAUUUGGGAAGUUACAAGCCUCGACUAAGCUUGCACAAUUAUCUUUUUAGGGCUCUUGUGAGCAAAGCAGGAAGCUCUUGUAAACAUCAUCUUAAACAAGCAGAGUUUAUUUUUCACAAUCUUACAACAUGUGGACUGAAAAUACAUAAUGAUAUUUAUGGUGGGCUUAUAUGGCUCCAUAGUUAUCAAGAUGACAUAGAUAAAGAAAGAAUUUUGUCACUAAGAGCAGAGAUGGAAGCAGUGGGGAUUGAAGAAAGUUUGGACGUGCUUGUGUCAGUGUUAAGGGCUUGUGCUAAGGAAGGUGAUGUUGCAGAAGCUGAAAGAACUUGGAUAAAGAUUAUUUCUUCCAACAACAAACCUCCAGCUCAAGCUUUUUUGUGUCUAAUGGAUGUCUAUUCGAGGGUCGGGAAACCAAUGAAAUGUUUGGAAAUAUUCAGGGUUAUGCAGGAAAGGAUUUCAUCCAAUGUUGUUUCAUACUACAAAGUCGUAGAGGUAUUAUGUAAAGCCCAAGAGAUAGAACUUGCAGAAUCUCUCAUGAUAGAGUUCAUAAAUAGUGGCAUGAAACCCUUGAUGCCAUCUUUUAUUGCUAUGAUGAAUAUGUAUGCCAAUUUAAGCUUGCACGAUAAAGUGGAGUCCACUUUCUUCUGGUGCCUAGAGACAUGUUGUCCCAAUCGGAAUGUUUACAAUUUGUACUUAAAUUCUCUGGUGCAAACUGAAAACCUUGCCAAGGCAGAACAGAUCUUCAACCAGAUGUUUACUGAUGAGGCAAUUGGUGUAAAUACCAGAUCAUGCAACACGAUCUUGAGGGGCUACCUCGCAUGUGGCCAAUAUGCUAAGGCAAAACAGAUUUAUAAUUUUAUGUGUGAGAAGAAAUAUGAAACUGAAUCUUCCUUGAUGGAGAAGCUCGAGAGCAUCUUGAGUUUAAGCCAGGAAGAAGUCCAAAAAUCAAUAAGCUUGAAGCUCAGCAAGGAACAGAGAGAGAUCCUGAUAGGUUUACUAUUGGGUGGCUUAAGGGUUAAAAUAGAUGAGGAGAAAAAGAGUUAUGCAGUCCAUUUUGUGUUUAGAGAGAAUUCCAAUACUCAUUCCUUUUUGAAGAGACAUAUAUACAACCAAUUUCAUGAGUGGUUAGCUGAUAAGUUGCCAGUUGAUGACAAUGAUCGCGGCAAUGAUAUUCCUUGUGAGUUUAUGACAAUAUCUCACUCUUAUUUUAAGUUCUAUGCUGACCAGUUUUGGCCACAAGGUAUACCCUCAAUUCCCAAUCUAAUACACCGGUGGUUGACACCUCGCAUUCUUGCAUAUUGGUAUAUGUAUGGAGGUUACAGGACAUCAUCCAGGGAUAUUUUGUUGAAGCUGCAGUCUAGGAAAGAAGACGUUCCGAGAAUUGCCAAAGCAUUUAAGGCAAAAUCAUUGAAUUCUCGGAUAAAAUGGAAGGGUCGAGUUUUUUGGGUGGGUUUUCUUGGAAGUCAUGCAACGGAGUUCUGGAAACUAAUUGAACCCUUCAUACUUUCAGAUUUGAAAGCUUCUCUAGAAGCAGGUAUUGAGUCUCCUUCAAAAGGAGUUUCACGACUCAAGAACAUCAAUUUUAGUAGUGAUUCAGACACUGACGGGAACACUUCAUACCAUAGCAAUGAUAAUUGUCCACCUAAUCUACUCUAGUGGUGGCUUCUUACAUGUCCUCUUCUUUCUGUUUGCACAAGGGUCUCGGACUAGGUUUUCAUUAUCAUUGAUGUUCUUCCUGAUGAAUAUGACUCCUAAGCUUCUCUGCA